AUGUCUUUCCCUAUCACAGUUACCUCACAGUAUCUACAUUAUGACUGCUAUGGAUCUGGUUUGAUGGACGCCAACUGUUCAGACACACAACAGAUAUAUCCUGUGGGGGUCAAGGUCGGGACAAAGGAGGCAACGUUAAAUUGCUCAAAAGAAUAUACUCCAGAGCUUAACUGGACCAUGAUUGAGUUUGACAGAUGUUGUAAGCCAGAUCCUGGAGAUUUGUGCGUUGGAGAUUACGUAAAUGUUGGAAAUCCACUAAAUACAUUUAUAUUUUAUGAAUACUGCAUUGGAAGGAGUUCAUGCCGAAUUCUUCAAGUACAAAGAGUGGAUACCUUAUACUUGAAUUGUGACCAAACGUUAUAUUAUGCACAAACAACGUUUAUGGCAAUGGAAUAUGACUGUAUUGAUGAAUCAAAAAUUCUCACAAUAAACGCCAAUAAGGGUGUUUCAUCAGAACCCGGUGGUAGUGUUCAUUUGCAGGGACAUGACUAUUUGGUUCCUAGCAUAUCAUCAACCAUUACCACGUCAUCAUGUUCAAUAGAGACUCCUUCCUGUGACAGCACUAUUUCCAUAGAAGUCCUAGACCUGCGUUUGGCCAGUGAUGGUUCUGACUGUAAACAAACAGUCACAAUACUUUAUGGAUAUCGUAUCACAAAUUUUACUUGUGUAAACAAUAUAAAUUUUACCCGGUUCACUGUGGGAUCUGAGCAUAACUAUCUGAACGUUACUUUUUCAAAUUCGAUGACGUCCAAUGGUGGUCAUUUUUGGUUAGGAUUUAGAGGUACACGCUCAGAUGUUAUACGGAUAGACUGUCCGGCAAAACUCCCUGUAACAGAUUGUAAUUUUACAACAACAACAGAGCCGACAACAACUACAGAAAUACAUACGACCACUGAGUUAGAUACGACAACUUAUGAGGUUGAAAUGACAACCACCGAGUUAGAUACAAGUACUACCGUAUCAGAUACAACAAGUAUAGAAUCACUUACAACAAAUUCAAGCCCCGAUAAAAACAGUUCCCAACUUAACACUACCAUCAUUGGAGUAGCUGCUAAUCCUACAUCUCCUCCAGAAAAAACAGCAAAUGAAGAUUUUGAAGAGAAUAUUGAAAUUUCCCAAACCGAUGAUGCAGUAGGUUAUGAACAUAAACUAACCUUGAGAGAUGACUUUGUUGAGAGCAUCGAGGCCAACUCACGUGAUAUGAAGAAGACGAAGAAGAAGAAGAGGAAGAAGAAAAAAGGAUUGGAUCUUGAUGAUGAAAUUAUAGAUGAAGAAAACCAUAGAAAAAUCAAAAAGAAAAAGAAGAAACAUGGACGUGAAAUAGAUGAAACGAACGACGAUCAUAACCUUACAACGAACGAUAUUUAG